AUGGUGAAUGAAUACAAGAGAAUUGUUCUUCUGAAAGGAUUGCAGUGUAUCAGUGACUAUGAUUUUAGAAUAGUUAAGUCCUUACUGAUCCAUGACCUACAACUGACUAAGAAAAUGCAAGACGAGUAUGACAGAAUUAAGAUUGCUGAUUUAAUGGAAGAAAAGUUCCAAAAGGAUGCUGGAUUGAGCGUACUGAUAGAACUGUACCAAGAUAUUCCAGAACUUGAAGACCUCGUUGAUACACUUAGAAAAGAGAUGGCAGAAGUUGAAAAUAAAAGCAAAAGAAAAGCCGAACACGCUGCAAUAGGACCCAGUCAGAACGAAUCCAGCACUUCCCACCUUGUCUCCAACACAGAGGAAGAUUUGGAACUAGGAUCAACUAUGGCGAUGCCUUCAUCAAAGAAACCUGAAGACGCGCUCACCAAAUCACCUGACAUCGUGACAACACAGUCAUUCCAGGAAGAGCAUAAACUUUCAGAACUUUCAACAGCCAACAGAUGCCCAGUUGUGAGUGAACCACAGACUCCUCAGGGGCUUCCAAUGACAGCCUACAGCAGCCUCCAGACUCCCCUGGAGCCUCCAGAACUAUCACACACCAUAUUGACAACAUCCCAGGGUCCUUCAGCACCAUUUUCCACCAGCAAUCGGACUUCUCAGGUGUCUCCAGUGAUGGACUCCAGCAGCAUCCACACCUCUCAGGUAAUGUCACCGGUUUCUUAUAGUCAUCAAGAUCCUCUGAAGUCUCAAAAAACAGUGCCUAAAACUGUCCCAGUCUUUCAAGCAAGCCCAGUAACAAUGACCAGGGCUGUCCAGACCUCUUGGACACCUAAAGCAACAGAGCACAGCAGUGACCAGGCCUUUCCAGUGACUCCAGCAACAAUGACCAGUGGUUAUAAUAGUCCUCUGAUGUCUGCAGCAGCACUAUCUGGCAGUUACAAUACUCCUCAGGUCACCCCAGCAACAGUGCACAGCAGCGACCAGACCUCUCAGGUGACUCCAGCAACAGUGCCCAGCAGUGUCCAGGCCUUUCUGGUGACUCCAGCAACAACGGCCAGUGGUUACAAUAGCCCUCAAGUGUCUGCAGCAACAGUAUCUGGCAGUUAUAAUACCCUUCAGGUCACCCCAGCAGCAAUGCCUAGAAGCUUUAAUCCUCCUCCACAGUCUCCAGCAUCAUGGCCCAGCAACGCUAGUAUGCAACAGGUGUCUUUGGCAACAACAUCCAGAAGUUCCUUUGCUACUUUGGUGUCUCCAGCAACACCAUUCAAGAAACCAAGACUGAAGACUGUACCUCAGCAGCCUUCUCAGGAAGAUGGUUACCACCAAGGUCCCAAAGAAGUGAUGGUACUAAAAGCAACAGAAAUAUUUACAUACGACAUGGGAGAAAAUAGAAUGAUGUUCCAUGCCACAGUGGCCACUGAGACUGAAUUCUUCAGAGUGAAGGUUUUUGACAUAGUCCUAAAGGAGAAGUUCAUCCCCAACAAAGUCAUUGUCAUCUCAGAUUACACUGGCCACAAUGGUUUUCUAGAAAUAUACAGAGCCUCCAGCGUAUCUGAUGUGAAUGGCACCAAUAUGAUGGAUAUUCCACUUUCCCUGAGACAAAGAGCCAAUGCAACUCCUAAAAUCAAUACUAUUUGUUCACAAAGAGUGGGGACAUUUGUGAAUGGAGUGUUUGCCGUGUAUAUGAAAAUAGUGAAGGAUGAAUUCAUUUACUAUGGAAUAGAAGACAACACAGGGAAGAUGGAAGUGGUGGUACACGGACAAUUUACCAAUAUGUACUGUGAGCCAGGGGACAAGCUUAGACUCUUCUGCUUUGAAUUGAGCUCAGGUGUGGAUACGUGGCAUCUGAGAUCUGGGAGGCACAGUUACUUGCAGGUCAUCCGGACUAGGAGGAGAGACAUGGAACCACCCAAUGCCCAUUCAGCGAUGGAAAUGUACCUAAAUUCCAAUAUAAACACAACUGAACAACAUUGA